CGACCGGUUUUCGCGGCAGUUGCGCCCGAGCCUGUGUUGGGACACGUCGAUUCGUCCCAUGAGAGCGGCGUGCGGGAAGUUUUGUUCGGCGUCGAAGCUCGACCGGCGGAAGGAGCGCUGUGCCGGUGCGACGCCCAGGUCGCCGGUGGCCUUUCUGUUGGUGGAGAGCAGCGGAAGACUGCUGGCUUCAGCGUUUUCCGCGCGUAUUGAUCCCUCCACAUUAGCUCUCUCUUCAUGCACAGACAUUAGCACAAUUGCUUCCCUUACAACAUCGGCUGCCGUGGCAACUGAGUCCUCAUCGAGAGAUUUCCUCCCAGGAAACAUCUCAAAGCAGCACCUCUUCAUUUUGAUGCUGCCAUCAUCUCCCUUACAUUCCCUCGUCCAUAUUUGACACAUCAACGGCUUGAUUUGCCACUUUAAGCUAUCUCCAUAUGUCUUUGUGUAUUUUUGAAUAGGCUAAGUGCUUAACAGGAUAAAAGAGCAGUUUGAAAGGGGUGAAAAUGUGCCUUGGCACCUGCUGUUCGUGCCUGCCUGUUUGCACAUGAAUAUGAUGAGGCUGGCGGUGCGCGGGGCUGUUUUAACUUGCAGAUGAGCCAUCAGGUCAGCACCGUUGCAGCUUUGGUGCGUUUUCAAGGAUGAGCUGCAGUCAACAGGCCGGUCCCGCUUAUUAGCCGCCACUCUUGUCCCCUCGUUGCAUUCCCAGACGCCGCUGGCUCUUUGAUGCCUUCACAAGAGCGGUGAUAGCCGCGAUCAUUGCGGCGGCAGCGGCGGUAAUUGACCAGCUGCAUUAAUGGAGAAACACUUCCUGUGUUUGCUUGGAAGCAAUACAGCUCUCCCCUCCAUCCACUCCGCCUCUGUUGAUAUUCAAAUGAUGGCCUUCUGGAUGAGCAGCUCCGAAGAGGAUAAGCACUCUGCCACCCAAGGGCUCGGCCGAGAGCUCAGGGACCUGAAAAUUGACUGAGGUGAAGCUCCCUUUGCUUUAAGGUUAAUCAGCGGUCUGACACUUCACCAGGCCGUGACGUCAUCUCAUGUCCCAGUCAGCUGGUUACUCAUGGCCCAGUAUGGAGAGCAUGGGCUGUGCUUUCAGUUGACUGGUGCUCCAGUCAACGCUUUCGCCGCACUUUCUAAUCGAACCUGAACCUGACACCCGAUUCAGGUUCAGGUAUGGCCUUUACUUUUUGCCACACCCGUGUUCGCUUCUGGUUUGCCCUGAGCUCAUUUUUUGCCAUAGGCAUUUGUUGUGUAGACUUCCCACCAUGGUUUGCCUAUCCAAACUUUCUUGUUCAGAAGUAUCAGCACAUACACAAACACACACAAAAGAUUUCCAGAGAAAUAAAUAAUAUUUUUUCCCUUUUCUCUUUGUGAAUUCAUAAUUCUUUCAUCGUGGGCACACGUCAUGUCAAGGGGUAUGGAAUUUCGGUCUCUUGAGCAGAGAUUAUCUUUUAACACAAAUGGACAGUUCUCGUAAUGCCUGACAUCUGUUUGUUCUACUUUUGGUGAGAGCUGUGAUUCAUCCUAGACUCGGGAUAACUUACAGUACACAGCCUACCUCAGUAGCACCGAGUCUCAUCUGCUUCCCCAUCUUGGCGUCUGGUCUCUAUCACUCUUUCUGUGUUACUCUGGUCAUCCAUUAUUCCCCUAUUGCUAUUUCCCCUUUUGCCUUCAGCUGUUCUGCUCUUUUGCUUUAGGCUUAAAUAGCUCUUUGAUUUCCAUAUAUAUAUGCGCCACAUGGAACAUAUGCAGAGGCUAGUAUACAAGAUGGACUCUUAUGACAGACACUGAAACAAACCUGUAUAUAAGUAUGCUUUUAAGGCUGAAUAAAUGAUGAGCCUUGAUUUAGAUACCACUCCAUGCCGGUGCUGCGUGCUUAUGCCCUCAUUGAUAGUUGAGUGUUCAUUUGGUAAAUGCACUAAUGUGUCCUUCUUCCCCCUCCUUCCCUUGCUGACUGAGUCUGACAAACUGAUUUGUGUGUGCGCGUACGCUCCCUCUCAUGUCUCACCCACUGUGCAAACACUCUUGAGUUUGACCCAGUUCUUAUCGCUGUAAUGAAAAUGUAUGUCAGUCUACUGCAUUUUUCUCCUCAACCUUUCAACCGCGCUUCCAUCUCAGUCCUUAUGCAGAGCAUCCCUGGACCAUCCCAGAUCCAGGGCAGGGUGUGUGCUCAGUAUGUGUCUGUGUCAGGGGCAGUCACUAUGGAUUACUGACAUUUGUACUGACUCUUGUUUGUGGGAUUUCCUAAUUGACAUGAUGACAUGGUUGUCAUGGAGACACCUAGGCCAGAAAGCUCGUUGUUAGCUGAGCAAUAGUUAUGUCUUCAUGCUUGCAGGAUCAUAGGAUUGUAUAUUGUACAUUUACAAUAUUUCUUUUUGUGCAGACCUCACUAGAUCAGGUUCAGUUACAUCAUUGACAGCAUCAAUUUUGUACAGGUCUUCUUAAUAAUAGCAGUUUUGGAUGGAAUUGGUUAAUCAUACAGAGCUCGUGGCAGUUUGUAAUUCCUUAGUGCUGUUAAAUGACUGACAACUUUAUAGCCACUUUACUCUCCUUAAUCAGGCUGGUAACAAAUUGAGACUUGAUUCUGGCUUCAUCUAGAUCAGCCUUUAAGAGCCAUCCACUCUGUAAGAUGGAGGACUUCCACUCCUUCUAGCAGUCAUUGAAUGGUUUCAUGCUCAUUUACUCAUAACGAGCAGCUGAGUCUCGUCUGAAACGAGGUGGGCGUCAAGAAGUGGGGCCUUAAGUUGGUUUAGUUCCUUGAGAGGGUCUCCUCGAAGGUUCUUGGUCGGAGUCGGGAGUGAUGAGAGUCAAAGGCCUCUCUGACAGAGAGAGGGCCAGAAGGCGUGAAAGAGGCCGACAGGCACAGCUACAGGGGGUGUGCCCCCAGGGGAAACUUAAGAAAACAGGGUCAACGCUUGGAAGAGCACAUCAUUUCAACCUCUUUGAUUUAAUGGGUCCAAUUAUUGGGAUGUCACCAGAUAAGAAAACGGAAAUUCCGGGUAUGCAAGAGGAGCGAACGGGGCUCAGAGGUGUUUGUGGUGUGGGAACGCUGCCUGAGGCGGAGUGUGCGUCCAGCCCACUGGCGACCAGCGUGGAUCGCACCGGAGGUACCGAAGAUGAGGAGCUCACUAACCUCAACUGGCUCCACGAGAAUUUGCUCCAGAACUUCACCCUCGGGGGCCCCGAAGCUCCAACCAGCGGCAGCCCCCUCUUUGACAUCGAGGGCGACUACAAGUCCAACCAGGGCCCAUCGUCAUCUUCCUCAUCGUCAUCGCACGGCAGAAGCAGGGAGCGGGACUCACUGAAGUCCAAGCCCCCUUUCUCGUUCUCUCUUCUCAUCUACAUGGCCAUCGAGCAGUCUCCCAGCAAGUCUUUGCCUGUUAAAGAAAUCUAUGGCUGGAUUCUCGAGCACUUCCCUUAUUUCUCAAAUGCCCCCACUGGCUGGAAGAACUCAGUCCGUCACAACUUGUCCUUGAACAAAUGCUUCCGUAAGGUUGAUAGGAGUUUGGGAAAGGCCAAUGGAAAAGGUUCUCUGUGGUGUGUUGACCCAGAAUACCGCCCCAACCUGAUCCAAGCCCUUAAGAAGCAGCACUUCCCUGCCGCACAUGCCUUCUGCACACCACCCGCCUCCCCACCCAGUGCCUCUUCACCCCCUCGCCACCUUUUUCUACAGGGCUGCUCAUUCAAAGAGUCUGACAUUGAUGCUGCCACUGCCAUGAUGCUCUUAAACUCUGCCCCUGGGCACCACGUUGACCCAUGCAACUCUGACAGCCCGCUGGACCUCUCCAGACCUGACUCGGUUCUGGUGAGCAGCGAUCCAAAACAGGACCACAACUACAGCAGCGUGGCCCUACAGCGCUGCUCCUCCCGCUCCUCCUCCUCGUCUCUCUCCUCCCUGGACGAGGGAGGCUGCGAUCGCAGACAGUCCCGCCGCGCCGGCAGCGAGGGCUUCCACAGUGACGAGGACUCCGACCUCUGGGACGAGAGGGGCGUCCACCCGACCGCCCGACGUCCGCCCGCCAUCAAGUGGCCCGCCGGCAAGAGGGCACGGCGCGAGAUCAAGCCAGAGCUGGACGAGGAGCUGAAGGAAGCGGCGGGCUCCUUGCUGCACCUCGCUGGUAUACGCAGCUGCACGGAGACUUCCAAACGCACUGUCAAGAGCACAAAACUGAACAGGAAAUGAAGAUUCUUUUUUUUGCCCUCAACAGACUCCGGACCCUUUGAACCCUAACCUCUUACCCCUGAUCGUGUGUCCCAGUGUGCCUCCUUCUCCUUAUCUGAUCGUUCAUUGGCCAUUUUGAGCCUUUUUGUUUGAAGAUAUCACUGUCCAACAAAACAAAUGGCAAUAGUAUCGUUCAAACAGGAGAACAAAGCCAUAAAGAGACUUUUGUACCUUGGGGGUAACUGCUGGGGAUGGGUGUGUGGGCUAUGGAGAACCAUCAAGAUACCUAUCCAAAACGACCUGCCUGCUUGAGUUGGGUUAGAAGAUUGUGAUCGAAGACGUUUUUCUCUGACAGACAAAAUGGCAAACGCUGAAGGUUUCUAUAACUCAAAGCAUUGCAUGCUUCCUCCUCAAACCUGUAUCCUCUUCCAAGUGAAUCUAUUUAUGAAGCGAAUGAGUGCAUGUUUGUAACAAACAAGAUCUAACCUCCUCCUGGUGUUAUCAGUUCCUCCUUUUUGUGCUGAAGAAAACAACUCCACUGUUUUGAAAGGAAUUCUUGCUCUAUGAGUCCUCUCCUAAGAGAGCUGCAAUAAUUAAUACACAACCAUAACGUUUUGUGACAUUACUUCAUGGUGGCAUUCUUCAGAGUUGAGUACGCUAGUUAAACUUUACAAUUAAGAGAAUGACUGGAGUAGUAUUAUGAUCUUGUUCGAUAAACUUAUUACACAGGAGCUCCGGCUCUGUUUCAGGAUUAGCAAGAUAUGGAAAUAGUAUUACUCUGCCACUGCCAAAUUUAGUUGCAAAGUUAGCUACGCUACUUGGCUCAGUUCUGUGCAGCCAUUACCGCGCUUUGAUAUUGUUUCUGCUCAUCCUGUCGAUCUCUUUCAUCCAUCAGUGAGUUUGUGUGUGUGAUGACAUUUAAUGUGCAGACACAGGUUAUAUAUUCACGUGUGUAACUGCCUAUGCAAAGUGAGCAUCUGCCAUGUAUUGCCAGAUGUUCACUGUGUGUUCAUAGGUUUAACCUCCCCAGUUCCUUUUAAGUGCGUGUGUAUCAUAGUGCAUGUCGACUUCAGCCAAACCUUCAUGAUAGAGAAGACACUGAACUGGUCAGCCUGUUUAAAGUAGUCGUACUGCUCCAAUGAAUGUGACUGGUGUCCUGACAGGUCUCCUUGCUACAGCUGUAUUGUAGAGCUGGUUAACAGUGACAACGGGUGUGGACAGUAAAUUAGCCCACAUGUGGGGUUGCAGCAGUUUUAUUACAUGUGGUCUCCUGGUUUUUUUGAUAUAUGUACUUCAUAAAAUGAUACAGCAAAUCCUCUGCUUGCUGUUAAUGUGGCCAAAUUAACUCGCAGCUCGAAGAAGACUUUGUCUGUUUUGGUUUCAUUUAAAUAAAAGGUAGUUGAUCAGAAUAUAUUCCUGGUCGGAGAGAACAGGACUUGAUUUGAGCGGCCGCUCGCUGGCGAGACGUUGGAGACCUGUUGCUGCUCUCACCCCGAGCCCUCGGUUCUGGCUGGCCACCAGUGUUUUUAUCCUCGCUCUUCCUCCUAGAACAAAAUAAGGAAGUGCACGCUCUCUUCUCAAGCUGUGAAAUGGAGUGUUUAUUGUCAGUCGAUUGCACGCAGCUCGCUGAGGGGAAGUUGUGAACCGCUUUUCGAAAAGGCCACAAUUCUCAUUUAAGCUCCAGCAAAGGCUGCACAGUCGCACAGCGUACAAUAAAAAGGUAGCACGGAGACGCACAAGGGUCACGCACCGAAAACGAGACGAUUUCUUCCCACAUACUAGAUCACUUUGUGUCACACUGACUGUUAGUUUAGCAUGUAUGGUCAGUGCCAAACAUGUUUUUGUGCCACUGAUAUAAAAGGACCAUAGUCGUUCUAUCCCCCUGCUGCCACGAUGUACAUGUGAUUUAGAGUAACUACGCCCUACUUUUCUGAAUCAUCCUAACAGGAAAUGGGAGAGUGCUCUGGUCAGUGCAGUGACUUGUUUUUGUCACUUUACAGUGGGAACUGGUCUCAGCAGAGUAAGCUGCAGUUCUCAGAAGUAAUACUUGCAUACACUGGUUUUGUUUAGCUGUGAAAAAAAGAACAAGGUAUUGUUCAUGAAUCAUCAACUUAUUUAUGACAUUAAUUUAUGGGAUUAUUGAAUGCAUACUCUAUCAAACACUGGUCAUUUCAAACAAAUGACCAGGCACAUUUAUUUCUUUCCCUCUGUGAACGCAUCUUAAGUAUUUUGUUUUUCCCCUUUGUUUAUUUUCCAGCAAUACACCAUUCUCUGUUUCACUAUGUUAUAGUGAUUAAGUAUUUUGCCAAUAUCUAUCAUCUCUAGAGCGGGUGUUUUGUUUUUAAAUUAACCAUUACUGCCAGGUUUUCUUGAUGUUUUGUUUUGCUCUUUGUCAGGUUGGAUAGAAGACAGUUAAUUGACAUUGAUCCUGAAGCCUUUUGUUGCCAAAACUGAUGAACGGCAGGGUAACACGUUACCCACGUGCUGUAGAAGCUGAUUGACUCUUUUAUUUUUUAUGUUUGGAGAUAAUUACAUAUGUAGUCCAAAUUGAAGACUAGUUCUUGGUCUGAUCACAGUGUAAUAAUAUUUUUUCAAAGGACUCGCACUCAUAACUCAUGCUUCCAGGUAUUACGGGAUGUUUAAAUUGUUCUGAAUGCCACUGAAGACUGGAAGCGACUAACUCGGUCCCCAAGCUGCUGCUGCGUAGUUGCAGACAUACAUUUAAAUUUAGGCAUGAAUGCACAGACGAAGAGGAAUCUCAUCAUCAUUAUUAUUAUGUCAUUCUUUCUGUAGCACUUGCAAAAGAGACAUUAUGUCGGUGUCAAAGUGACACCGGGUCAGUGAGAUGGCGCGUGAGUGAGUGACCUGAACGUUACCCAUCUCAGCACCCAGUUGCUUUAUUGCUCAACAGCUGUUAUUGAAUAUUGAUUAUGUGAUUCUCCAAAUUCUGUUGCAGUUCCUGUGGGUAUAAUGAUCAUUUAGUUGCAUUUGACAAAGCUGCCAACCCAGUAUCAGUUUGUGUCAGUUGUCUGCCAUGUCUAUUGAACCGACACACCUUUUGGUUUUUGUAUGCUAACCUCUGUUGAUAAAAUGUUUAUAAGAUUUAUUUUCGCCAAAGAUAUGCAAUUGCAUUAUAUAUGGUAUUACAAAAUAUUAAUAAAAACCUGUUCUUGUUA